AUGGGGGCUGUUCUUGCAUUACCCGGCCUCCUCAUCCCCUCUGCGGCGACUCUCUGGUCAGUCGGUGCAUCAUGUUGUGGAGCGGCGUCAUGCUCCAUGCUCUGUGGGCCAUGCGGGAUGUCAAAAUUCAGAUCGUCAAUCGCGACCAGAAUCGCCUACGCCAUGAUUCUGUUAGUGAACAGUAUCCUGGCAUGGAUCAUGCUUACACCAUGGGCAAUACGGAAACUUGAGCAUCUGACGCUCGACUAUAUGACAUUCAAAUGCGGUUCUUCAAAGUGUUACGGCUACUUCGCUGUGCAGCGCAUCAACUUCGCUCUUGCGCUCUUCCACCUGAUCCUCGCCGUCCUCCUUAUUGGUGUAAAGUCUACCAAAGACACUCGGGCUGGGCUACAGAAUGGCUUCUGGGGUCCAAAGAUCUUAGCCUGGCUCGCCUUCGUUGUCUUGUCCUUUUUCAUCCCUGAGGGGUUUUUCCUCUUCUGGGGAAACUAUGUUGCCUACCUGGGAGCGAUGCUUUUCGUUCUCCUUGGACUUAUCCUUCUUGUCGAUCUUGCGCAUAGCUGGGCGGAGCUGUGUCAGGAUAAGAUUGACGAAGGAGAAGGCCCCCACUAUCGGAUGUGGCAAGUUUUACUUAUGGGGUCAAGCUUGGGGAUGUACGUGGCCGCCUUUGCCAUGACGAUCGUCAUGUAUCUGUUCUUCGCGAGCAGCGGAUGCAGCAUGAACAUCGCAGCAAUCACCAUCAACUUGAUAUUCAUCUUUAUCAUCACCUUACUCAGCGUGAAUCCUACAAUUCAAGAUGCCAACCCGAAGGCCGGAUUGGCGCAGUCAGCCAUGGUUGCUGCUUAUUGCACGUACCUCACACUUUCCGCUGUUUGCAUGGAACCGGAUGACAAACACUGUAACCCGCUAGUGCGAGCUCGUGGUGCGCGGACAACCACGGUUGUACUUGGUGCCAUUGUUACCAUGCUUACAAUUGCAUACACCACCACCCGAGCGGCCACGCAAGGCUUUGCUUUGGGAUCGAACGCCGGCAAGAACAAGUACGCUGAGCUAACCCAGGAUGAAUAUGAGCAUGGCCUGGUCACUCAGCAGCCUGCGUCCCGUCGAGAGAUCAUGAGAGCAGCAGUUGAAAGCGGUGCGCUGCCUGCAUCUGCCCUGGACGAGGAAUCAGAUGAUGAGGAGGACGAGGUGGCGGUGAGCUCAAAGGACGACGAGCGCCAGGGUACCCAGUACAACUACAGCCUGUUCCAUGUGAUUUUCUUGAUGGCGACGUGCUGGGUGGCCACGCUUUUGACCCAGAAGAUGGAUCCGGAGAACUCGAGCGACUUUACUCCCGUUGGGCGGACGUAUUGGGCCAGUUGGAUCAAGAUUGUCAGUGCGUGGGUGUGUUAUGGCAUUUACAGUUGGAGUCUUGUUGCGCCGGUCGUGCUUGAGGGGCGGGACUUUUCUUAAGCUGGAAAACGGUUCUAGUAAUGGAAUCGAGACUGGUUACUACUACUAUUAGUAGUAGUAGUAGUAGUAGUAGUAGUAGUAGUAGUUUGUAUGAUUGCAACAAACUUGGGUUGAUCAAAUAUACCUACCUUUACGUACUUC